CUUCCGCACGGGUUUUGGGGUCUGCAUUCAUAGCAUUUCAAGGUUCUCAAACAAUUCUCAGCAACGACAAAGACAACAGCGAUCAUCGCGAUUCUCCGUUCGCCGCACCUUUCACCGCACGCGAAUGUCGAAUAGUGCGCGAAAUCCGAGUGGCUGAUCAUAUCAAAGCCAGAAUCAGUUUACGUUCUGCUGCAAACACGAGAAUGGUCAACUUUGCGGUCGGCGCAUGACGUCGUUUGGAGUACUCCAAGUCCAGAAGCCAUCCUCUAAUCAUAAACCGCGCCGAAGGUCAUCAUGGCAGACGACGAGACAGCCUUAUCCUCGCCAGGCUCGACAGGAGCCGCGAAUGGCACGAAAGCAUCAAAAGAUCGCGCUUGUCCCUUCUGCGGGCAGGCGUUCACCUCCUCUUCUCUCGGGCGACAUCUUGAUCUUUACAUCAAGCCGAAAAACCCGAAGCCGGCAGAUGGCGUACACGACGUGGAUGAGAUCAGGAAGAUUCGUGGGGGUAUAACGCGGCGACAACCCAGGACUAGCACGAAAGGCGCAAAUGCAGGAGCAGGACCCGGCAGCAACGAUGGCCCAAAUGCCGCGAAUCACGAUAACUCUAGACGCUCUGAGAGCGUGGCAACCGCGAAUUGGCUCACAACAGGUGUCAUCAAUGAUCUACCGCCACGCUCCACUACGCAGACUCACGCGGAUAUACACAUUUCGGGCCAAGCCCAGCGCAUGCAAGAGAUGCGUCGCCAUGUUGAUGGCAGCAAACUUCCCAGGCCUGAAUAUGAAAGUGAAAGCAUGUCAAAGCUCCAAGAAGCUGCGGAACUGGGGCGUGCAGCGGAGAUGGCACUCCGCGAAGUACUCGGUAGCCUCGAAGCGGCGCAGAAACGAACGAAGCCAACCACUUUGUUCGAAGAUUUUGACUUCUUCUCCCUUUCCUUUCCCGGUCUAUGCCUGGCUGUGCUACCAGCGCCCCGCACGCUCUUUUGCGUUACGCCAUUCCCAUCCGCAGAUUCAUGGUCGAUAGGUCCGCCAGGCUUGCGACAAUUUGAAGCAUUGAGCAAGUGCCUGCGGGUAAAGGCAGGGGCUUCACCCAGAACGGAUCUUGUCACCGAUGAUAUGGUCGUGAAGCACCAAAGUCAUCUCGCGGCGACUUGGGAGCAUUGGCAGACGAUGUCUGAAUCCGAGCAAACAUCUACCUGGAACUUGGAGAUACUUCGCUCG